AUGCUAUGUCAUACACAAAGCAUUCAUGUCAUGGGAUUGGCCAUAAGUCUACCAUUACGUUCAUUUGGUAUUGGACCUGGCAAGGCAUUUUGGUAUGGUCAAUUGAGCGGAUUGGUAGAGAUUGUUGCAGGAAUUCUCGGCGUGUGUUUUGUUCAACUAGCGAAUUCUUUAUUACCGUUCGCACUCUCGUUUGCUGCGGGUGCAAUGUUGUUCGUUGUUUUCAAUGAGAUCAUCCCGGAAAUUACUUCCCAAAACCGAACGAUGUCGUCUUGGUGGUUGAUGGGUGGAUUUACAGUUAUGAUGGCAUUAGAUGUUAUUUCGUUUGACGAGUUUAUCAUGAGUGUUACACAUUGUAUAUUCGAUUUGGACGGUUUGCUAUUAGACACGGAAUCUAUUUAUACAGAAUGUAUGCAACAAUUAUGUGCACCAUAUGGAAAGAAUUUUAGCACAGAAACGAAAUUAGAAAUGAUGGGAAAAUCAGCAUUGGAGGCUGGACAAAUAUUGAUUCGAGAAUUGAAUUUACCAAUGACAGAUGAAGAAUUUUUAGCUAAAUCUAACGAAUUGUAUACUCAAGCAUUUCCAUCCGCUGAAUUAUUACCGGGUGCCGAGCGUUUGAUUCGGCAUUUAGCCAACUACAACAUUCCUAUGGCAAUUGGCACAGGUUCAUCUCAUGAAUUAUACACGUUAAAAAUAAGUGGUCAUCGAGAGUUAUUCAAACUAUUCGAUCCGGUCAUUUGUACCGAAACCAAAGAAAUCCGUUUAACUAAACCCGAACCGGAUAUAUUCCUUGCAUGUGCAGAGAAAUUCCCCAAUCCGCCGAUUUCCAUGAGUCAAUGUUUAGUAUUCGAAGAUGGAGAAAAUGGCGUUCGAGCUGCCCUCUCAGCUGGAAUGAGGGUCGUCCUGGUUCCCAGCUUACCAUUAAGUAAUUACGAUCCGUGGAUCUUGAAACAUGUCACACUUAAAUUGGAUAGCUUGUUGAAAUUCGAUCCCGUGGAGUUUGGUUUACCUCCGUUUGAUGAUGUUUAA